AGAGAGGCAGAUUCUAACAUAAAGUGUUUAUUAAAUGCUUCACUAUGAAAGUUUCUGGUUUUAUAUCGUUUUAAUCCAGAUGAAAUGAGUUUUAAGGCUGUUAUUCUUCUCCUCGUGGCGCCUGAUCAGUACCAAGGACAGCGCCGGAAUGCGCCGGAGCGCUGCGUCAGGACGCGUCUGCUUUUUGUUGGACACAUUUAGAAAAGAAAAGGGGAAAAAAAGAAAAUCUGAGAGGAUCAAAACAACCCGAUGAUCAUCUCUGUUUUCAACCUUUGGAUUCAAAACAACCAGCUGCGUGUUGUUUUUCCUGAUUUUAUAACCAACGUGGAGUUUUGGCGCAAGAGCCGAGGAUUUUUUAUUUUAUUUUAUUUAUUUUUUUGUUUUCGGUUCUCUUCUAAAGGACCAGGACAUGACUUCACUGAACAUUUUUUGGGAUAAAAAGAUACAUUAAAAAACAAAAUGUCUGGAGAAUUUGAAGACACUAAUGAGGACAGCGCCUCCGGGUCGGUUCUCAACUUCAGCUGCGUUUUCAACACCACCAACUGCUCUCACCGCGCGCUCCACAUGUCGGACUCUGGCAGGACGGACUCUGUGGGGGACGGCGCGGCUGUGGUCAGGAUUACCAUCUCUGUGGUCUACUCCCUGGUCUGCGCGCUGGGUCUGGUUGGGAACCUGCUGGUCUUGUACCUGAUGAAGUCCAAACAGGUGUGGAGAAAAUCCUCCAUCAACAUGUUCGUGACCAGCCUGGCGGUGACGGACUUCCAGUUCGUGCUGACCCUGCCGUUCUGGGCGGUGGAGAACGCGCUGGACUUCACCUGGCCCUUCGGCAAAGCUAUGUGCAAGAUCGUUUCCUACGUGACCGCCAUGAACAUGUACGCCAGCGUGUUUUUCCUCACGGCCAUGAGCGUGGCGAGGUACUGCUCCCUCGCCUCGGCGCUCAAGGGCAGGCGGCGGCGCGCGCGCUGCUGCUCCCCGCGCUUCGUCUCCAUCCUCAUCUGGUUCGCCGCGGUCUCCGCAGCCCUGCCGCACGCCGUCUUCUCCACCACAGCCUCCGUGUCCAACGAGGACCUGUGUCUGGUCAAGUUUCCGGAAGCCAACGGGACGUCGCAGUUCUGGCUCGGCCUCUAUCACUCCCAGAAGGUGCUGGUGGGCUUUUUGGUCCCUCUGGGUGUCAUCUCUGCGUGCUACCUGCUGCUGCUGCGCUUCAUCACCUCCAAGAACAUCAACACCUCGAGCGCCAAGCGGCGCGCCAAGGUCACGAGGUCCGUCACCAUCGUGGUGCUGUCCUUCUUCCUCUGCUGGCUGCCCAACCAGGCGCUGACCACCUGGGGCAUCCUGGUCAAGCUCAACGCGGUCCACUUCACGUACGAGUAUUACACCAUGCAGGUGUACGUGUUCCCCGUGUCCGUGUGCCUCGCGCACUCCAACAGCUGCCUGAACCCCAUCCUGUACUGCCUGAUGCGGCGGGAGUUCAGGAAGGCGCUGAAGAACCUGUUCUGGCGCAUGACCUCGCCGACCCUGACCACCAUCAGGCCGAUCACAGCCUCCACCAAGCCGGAGGUGGACGAGCAGGGCCACGCGCUGGUGGCUGGGAGCGCACCGGCGGCGCCCGCGGUGCUGUUUUACCCGCCGGGGGCUGCGAUCUACAACGACAGGCGGGAUCUGCCGCAGAACAGCACGUAGCUUCAGGACUCCUCACGUUGACUGUACCCUGCAUGUUGGCCCUCCACACAGAAAUCAUAUCCACACAUGCAUUCAGAUGGCAAUCAGAACUCAUCCCAAAACUGACGAGGUCAUAUUUCUAUUAAGCUGUUUGUUUAAAGAUGUUUCAAAACCGUGACACCUGCUGGUCCUUGUCUUUGCUCGGAACAGGGGUCUCCAAGUUGUGGCUCUGAGGCCACAUGUGGCAGUCAGUAGCUGUGACCCAAAUAACUCAAAGUAACAUGGAAAUGAUUCACAUUUAUACUUAGUUUAAAACUACAAGACACAGUUUUAGGAGGUUUUCUGUUCAGUUUUAUGCAACACGAGAGUAAAACCUGAUCAAACUGACAAAUCAAGAAACAAAACAUCCAAGUUUUGUAUUUGUAGUUCCUUUUUGUCACUCAUUGAGCCACAAGAUGUAGAAUUCUAUCUUGAAAUCCAUAAUAAAAUGAAAUU